CGGGGCGAGAGGGAGGACUGGACUCGCGACCGCUCAGCUGCCCAGAGUACCCGCCGCGGUGGACCUGGCCGGGGCUCCGGAUCUCUCGCGCUUCUGAUUCGCCCCUCGCGCCGGCACAACCAGGUAAUGGGGCCGCUUGGAGCUGGACGCCAGUUUUGCUAGGUAGACCCGCCAACCCGGAAAGGCACGCAGCGUAUCUUCGGAAUCGGAUCUCGCUGGACUCCGGACCCCGGGCUGGCGCCGCCGGCAUGUCGGAGACGCGCAAGGGGCCGGACGAGGCGGACGAGAGCCAGUGCGACUCCGGCAUCGAGUCGCUGCGCUCUUUGCGCUCCCUACCCGAGCCCACCGUGGGUCCAGCCUCUGGGCCAUCGGAAGCCGACGGCCCACAGCCCUGGACCCAUCCUCUCCGGACCCACAGAGAGCCAAGGGAGAAGGAAGAUGUGGAUGGGGAGCGGGCGGACUCCACCUACGGCUCCUCCUCGCUCACAGAGUCUUUGACCUUGCUGGGGGGCUCGGAAAGGGAAGACACGGCUCCCGGCUCGCAGCUGACCCCGGUGGGGGUGCUGAGCCCUCAGCAGUUGGAAGCGCUCACUUACAUCUCUGAAGACGGAGACACGCUCCUCCACCUAGCUGUGAUUCAUGAAGCCCCAGCGGUUUUACUGUGUUGCUUGGCUUUGCUGCCCCAGGAAGUCCUGGACAUUCAGAACAACCUUUACCAGACAGCGCUCCAUCUGGCUGUUCAUCUAGACCAGCCAGAUGCAGUUCGGGCACUGGUACUGAAGGGGGCCAGCCGAGUACUACAGGACCAACAUGGUGACACAGCCCUGCAUGUGGCCUGUCAGCGCCAGAAUCUGGCCUGUGCGUGCUGCCUGCUCGAGGAGCAGCCAGAGCCAGGCAGAGAACCAUCUCACUCUCUGGACCUCCAACUGCAGAACUGGCAAGGUCUGGCCUGUCUCCACAUAGCCACCUUGCAGAAGAACCAGCCACUCAUAGAAUUGCUGCUUCAGAAUGGAGCUGACAUUGAUGCGCAGGAGGGGACCAGUGGGAAGACUGCAUUGCAUCUGGCUGUGGAAACCCAGGAACGCAACCUGGUGCAGUUCCUGCUCCAGGCUGGUGCCAGGGUAGAUGCCCGCAUGCUCAACGGGUGCACACCCCUGCACCUGGCAGCUGGCCGGGGCCUCAACAGCAUCUCAUCCACUCUGUGUGAGGCUGGUGCAGACUCCUUGCUGCUGAACGUGGAAGAUGAGACACCCCAGGACCUGGCUGAGGAUCUCCUUUCUUACUUGCCAUUCGAUGACCUGAAGAUUUCGGGGAAGCCACUGCUGUGUACUGACUGAAACCACGACAGGGUCUGGGGCCCUGGGAUGGGGGACUCUACCUCUUCCCAGGAAGCUAGAGCCACAGCUACUGCAGUUUGGGCCUGAGCAAUGUGCCCCUCUGCUAAGGCCAGAGCCUGGGGCCAAUGUAGUCCUGAGCUGAGGAGGAAUUGCAAAUGAGAAAGAGCCAGUCUGGAAGGAAGAGCUUCACAGGUGGACUGGAUGGAGUUCUUGCAAGACCCUCAAAGCCCCAGGUAUCCUGGGUGAAACCUAAUUGCUUCUGUUGAAGACAGCAGGGGCUGAAACUGUCAGUCAGUAGGAAAACAGAUGAUCUUGAACGCAAAGACUGAAAUAGGAACAAACAGAGCCCUGAGGGUUCUCACCUAGAACCUGUGUGUAUGUGUGUGUGUGUGUGUGUGUGUGUGUGUGUG